AUGCAGCCGCAUCUUGGUCGGCAAGGGAGACUUGGCCCUAGAGUACUGGUGACUACUGGAGAAAAAUCGCCGCGUGCUCUGCGACCCAAGCAUACCCCCUUGUGCACUUCCCAUGCGGUGUUUGGACAACGGCAAGCCACCAUCCCUGCAGCGUUGUAUAAUAAGCGCCUACUCUCAACGGAUCACCCGGCCUUUGGGACAAAAAAAGCAUUUCCAUCCGACGGGCCCUUUAAGGGCCCUAUAAGCAUAUCAGGCUUUUUCCUAGCAGUCGAUCCCAAUUUUGCAGCGGGACCAAACGACCGAAUGAACCCGAACGCUCAAAUAACGGUACGAGAUAGCGAGGGACAGAUGUCACGGGUCCGUUAUCGCUGUCAUUUAGAGUCAUGCACGGGUAUGAAGUUAGAGGCACUCAUAAGACUCCAGGUUGGGUGGAUAUCGCCGAAGGUGACCUUCUCUUGUAUUCCGGAUGUCAUAUUCCUGGGAAAGGGGUUUGACGUAAGUAUUCCGUUCCUUAUCCACUUUACAAUGGUGUCGGUGCUGGACGAGCACGGUGAUCGCACUGGUAGUUUUCUCUACUUUAGCGGAACCCCCAUGCUUGGUUUCUCGGCAGGCUUCACGCGAAUCAAAAGAGGAAAACUGGUGUUAAACCCAUCGAAACGAGUGGACCCUGCGGAGGGGUCAAAGCAGUUCGUAGGCAAGGUUCACGUCAGGCAAUUAGGCUUCGUCUUCCUUAAAUGUCUCACAUACGCUGUGUGUUUUAUUGCAUGUGUACCUGCCUCGCAGAAGGUUCUUCAGUGCAUGCUGCCCGAUCCGUUUCACCGACACAGUGAAAAGUCUGUUUGA